AUGGAUCUAGUCAAUAGGAGAGCUCUUCUGCUUUAUGAUGUACCAGGGCCCACACUGUGGCACGAGAGGCUCCUGCUUCAACGUCUCGACGGAGAGGAGUUUGCUGUGUUGACACCGGACGGGGACGUGUACAUUGAGCAGCUUUCUCUGCAAAAUGAGGAUUUGGUAGGCUUGAGGCUGCUGCCUAGGGGCGGUGCGAUGCCCGUCGGAGUGAGAGCUGCAAACUUAGACCGCCUCCCAGUUUUCCGACCGGAUGAGCUUGAUGCAUUCCGGGUUGAAGCUGAUCGUGAAGUUGAAGAGGAGCGGGCAAGGCGCAACGCUGCCGCGGUGUAG